AUGAGUUCCGAUAAAGAAUCAUUGCCAUUUGUUCGAUUUGCUUCAAGACGUUCAGUUGUGUAUGGAACGCAUGCAAUGGUGGCUAGCAGUCAACCACUUGCAUGUCAAGCUGGAAUUGAAAUAUUGCGAAAAGGAGGAAAUGCUGCGGAUGCAGCUAUUGCAACUGCUGCAGCAUUGAACGUCACAGAACCCGGAUCAACAGGAAUCGGCGGUGAUUGUUUUUGUCUGUUUUACGACUCAAAGACAAAAACUGUAAAAGGAUUGAAUGGUUCAGGCCGAUCUCCUGCUGCAUUGACGUUAGAAUAUGUGCGAGACAUUCUUAGUAUUCAUGAUCGAAAUAUACCAUAUCUAAACAUCCACGCCGUGACAGUGCCAGGAGCAGCAGCCGGAUGGGUAGAUACAGUCGAAUCUUAUGGCAGUGGAAAACUGAGUAUUCAAGAAAUUUUACAACCUGCAAUUACUCUUGCUGAAGAAGGAUUUCCAGUAUCAGAAAUUAGUGCGUGGCUGUGGCAAAGAGGAGAAAACGAUAUAAAAUCUGCUUCUCCUAAUGCCAAUGAUAUGUUGCUAGAUGGAAGAGCACCUAAAGCAGGGGAAUUUAUGAGAAUGCCAAAUUUAGCUAGAACAUUUCGUGAGUUGGCUCAACAUGGUAAAGAUGGUUUUUACAAAGGUCGAAUAGCACAAGCAGUCGUAGAUCUCAUAAAAGAUAAAGGAGGAGUCAUGACUCUUGAUGAUCUCGCUUCGCAUACUUCCACUUUCGUUAAUCCUAUAUCGAUCGAAUACAGAGAUCUUACGGUGUAUGAGUGUCCUCCUAAUGGACAAGGUAUCACGGCGCUUUUAGCACUCGGUAUUCUUCAAUCUCUGCAAGAGCAAGGAAAAAUUCCAAAUAUUAGUGAAUUGGAGCAUAAUUCCGCAGCUUAUUUGCACGCAGUAAUCGAAAGUUUACGAUUAGCAUUUGCCGACACUAAUUAUUAUGUUGCUGAUCCUAAAUUUUAUAAUCUUUCGCUUGAACAACUUUUGUCCAAAAAAUAUUUUGAUACGCGUGCACAAUUAUUUGAUCCCUCCAAGGCAACAAUUGAUCCUGUUAAAGGAUCACCCGUAAAGUCAGGAGAUACUGUAUAUUUUUCGGUGGUUGAUGACGAGGGAAAUGCCUGCAGUUUUAUUAAUUCCAAUUAUAUGCAUUUUGGAACUGCUGCAAUUCCAAAAGAUUGUGGAUUUACAUUGCAUUGUAGAGGAGCCGGAUUUGUAUUAGAAGAAGGGCACCCAAAUUGUUUAGCCCCAAGAAAAAGACCAUAUCAUACAAUAAUACCUUGUAUGGUAACACGUGAUGAUGAACUAUGGUUAUCGUUCGGUGUAAUGGGAGAUUAUAUGCAGCCACAAGGCCAUGUUCAAGUAAUCCUAAAUCUUUUACAUAACGAUAAUUUCAAUGUGCAAAAUGCAUUGGAUGCUCCGCGUGUUCGUGUUGGACCUUCCGGUGAAAAGCCUAUAGUAUUUAUUGAGGAAGGUAUAGAUGAGAAUGUAGUGAGAGAGUUGGUUCAAAUGGGACACAAUGUUAAAAUCGUUAAAGGGUGGAAUAGAGGGAUUUUUGGACGUGGUCAAAUUAUUGAAAAAAGGAUUGCUCAAAAUGGAAAGCGUAUAUGGGCGGGUGGAAGUGAUCUAAGAGGUGAUGGUCAUGCAAGUGGUUGGUGA